UGUUUAGACUUGUAGUGGGGACAGGACGAAAGGUUCCGAUACUUGAAUCGAUACAAUUCAUUUAUUUGUUAUAUUUCGCAAGCAACACAUUUGAUUUUUAUGCGAUGUAUUCAGUUUGUUUUCUGGAUCUAAUUUAUUUUUUUCAUAUACUUCCAGUGACGGCGCUCUUCGAAAAAAAUUUCGAUAUGAAGAGGAUCAAAUUAGUCUUCACGAUUAUAUUAGUAGGAAUUUAUAGCUAUGGAUGUGCAGGAUUUGCAAAAACUGGAGAUCUGCAGCACAUUAGUUCUAUGGUUUCAGUAUCAUUUUUACUAAUUAUUAUUGGGACAAUUUCGACGAAUGUUUUGAAACAUGUUCAAAAUGAAAACGCAUUUAUAAUAAAUAAAGAUUUCUGGAAUGUUGUACGUAUGCCAACAUUAACAAAUUAUUUGUUAAUAUUAUUUACAACUGUACAAUUUUUUUUGGGCCAAUGGGAUUUCGAAGCAUUUUCACUUAUCAUGACAUUAUUCUCAGUCUUUUUUUUAAUUAAGUUAUAUAAUUUGGAUGUUAAUGAAUCAACAUAUUUGAAAAUAAUUGAAGAUUUAGAAUUAGAUUCUGGUUCUGGUUGGGCACACGGAUUUUUUAACGGUUAUUUGAGGAUAGUUUUACCUGAAACUGGUCGGGAUGGAACGGGUGGAAUCAUGGAGAGAUUUGAAAACUAUGAAAGUAUAGAAGGUGUUAAAAUUUUUAAGAAAAAAUUAUUUAUUUUGAUUCCCGCCUCAGGCGGAAAUUUACCAGCAAAGCUAGACGGAGAAUUGGAUGAUUGGAUUGAGAGUCGCAAGUCCUUGGAAACAUUAAAAAUUGAUCGUGCAGGAGUACAAAGACGUCCAUAUUCGAAUAGCAUUUACGUUGUACGAAACCCUGAUCCUGAGGUGGAAUAUAAUCCUUUUUAUAUUUGUAUGGAAGGUGCUACACCGUUAAAAACAUUAGAUGAAGCAUGUGGGGGGCAAACUUUUGGUGCAGAAAAGUUAAGGGAGAACAAACAAAGAAUUACGAAACAUUUUUAUACAGUUUUAAAAAGUUUAUUGGAUAACGACAGAACUUGCGGUCCUUUAUGCGAACUCGUAUAUUACGAUGAUUCUCAUGAAGACAAUGGUCAUUUUACCAUUGGAAAAAUGAUCUUCGAUCGUUAUUUAAGAGUUUAACAUCACAAACUCUUUGUUUCCCGCAAAAGAAUAAAAUACGCUCAUCACGCGUAUUCAUAAAGCCAUCGAAAUAUCUUUUGCACGGGAAUUAAAUAUUACAUAAAAAUCGAUAUAAAUUUAAGUAGUGAAAUUAUUUUUAAGGAGUACAUCUGCUACUUAGGAAAAUUUCUACUACACGUACCGUAAGUAAUUUCAAUUCUUUAAUUUA